AUGACUCGGAGAUUCACCAUGACGCCGAACUCCAGGAAUUCUAUUAAGACACCUAUUUCAGGGGCGAAGGUUGCUCUAUUUCCAAGACACUCUGUAGCGGCUGAGGAGAUCAAGAGGAGGGAUAUGAGGCUGGUGAGAGAGAAAGGAUACAAGCAGCAGUGUGUUGACACUAUUUUAGGGUUUUUGAUGGAAAAUGGAUACGAUGGACAGAUAUCACAGAAGAUCAUGCAUAACCCGUCUUCGAAGGACUUCCAAAGUAUCUUCAAGUUCCUGUAUGGAUUUGUGGACGACUUUGUGUUCUCCUCAAGGUUUGAGGACGAAGUUGUGAAUGUGAUGAAGAAUUUGAGGUAUCCAUAUUGCGGGGAGAUUACGAAAAGCCAGCUGAGUGCAAUAACACCCCACACAUGGCCUGUAAUUCUAAGCAUGUGCAGCUGGCUAGUGGAGCUGAUAAGGCAUGGAGCAACUCUUCUCGAGCAGGAGGAAGAGAAGAGUGUUGAGAGCUGUUUCUUUGAGUAUGUGUGUGAUGGGUAUAUGAGAUUUAUGGAAGGAGAUGAGGAUGAUGCGGCUCUUGAGGAGGAAUUUGAGAGGAAGGUCACAGAGAUAUACACGGGGAUAUUUAAGGAGAUCGAUCGAAAGAAGGAGGAACUUUCCCGGAUUGAGGAGAUGAUAGGGAAGUCUCGAAGGAUGUCUGAAAGCCUUGGAGAGCUGGAGAGAAAGAAGAGAGAGUUGACAGAUGAUCUGAACAUGCUGAUAGCUUCUGAGAAACAGCUUGAGGGGAAGAAGAAGAAGUAUCUAGGGGCUAUUGAGCGUCUUUGCGAAGAUAUUGCAAGGGUUGAGGAGGAGAUUGAAAGCCAAAGGGUACAAGAGGAAGGAUUGAGGGUUCAAAUAACGAAACAGAAGAUCAAUCCUGAAGACGUAAGGGAGAUGAAUACCGAGAAGAUGGAGUUAUUUAAGGAGCUAGAAAGAAUGAAGCCGGAGAAGGAGGGGCUUAUGAGAGAGGUAGGAGAACAAGAAAGAGAAGCACAGGAAAAGGUUGAAGAGGUUGAGAAGUUGUUUUUUGAUCUGAAGGGUCUUCGAGAUGAGAUUUCAUUGAGGAUAGUGAAGGACACAAAGGGAGGGGUCCAAGUAGUGAAUGAGGUAAGCAACGAGGUGUUUGACAACGGAAUAGCUUCGGUGAUUGUACGUCUUGAAGAGGAGCUAAAUGGAAGAAGUGAUGUUCUUGUGGCAGGGGAGAUGAACAAAGGUAUGCUUGAGGAAGCAAGGGCAGAGAAGGAAGGAAUGUCUAGCGAACUAAGCAACAGACUCAAAUAUUGCAGUGAUAAGCUUUUGAUGGCAGGAAAGUUGUAUCUGGAGAAGAAGGAGAUAUCUGAGAACGAGCAAAGGAAGAGCAAGACCGAAAUGGAGCUGCUGGAGAACGAACUUCUGAAGCUCAAUCUGGAGUCCAACACGUCUCUGCUGAUGAGUGAGCAGAAGCUACAAAAAGCCAAGAUACUUCUUGACAGAACACUCAACACCAUAAACUAUGAGAGAGAGGAGAUUAGCAAGAUGGUGUUUAACUUCUACAACACAGUUGUUGAUGUUCAUACAUUGAUCCAGUCACAGGUUGGAGACCUGAGGACCUUACUGAACAGGUGA